AUUUGGAGGUCACGUGAGAUGACGUCAACAAAAAUGGCCAUUUAAUACGUCGAACGCGGAAACAUGGGAAUCAUGUUUAUUUAAAAUAUCAAUCGAAACAUUGUAGUAGAACAUUGACUCGGUAGUUAUAGAAUUUGUGCGGUAGCCUACUUCGUUGAAGACCUAUUACGUAUGCGUAGAUUUUAUUCGACGAGGCUCUAAAAUGCCUUGUUUUUGAACAGAUGUCAUACCAGCUAACGUUAGCUUGCUAGUUGAACGUAAGCAAGUUAUAUUGCUAACAUACCUUUUUAACUAUAAUUUAUAAUUCUGUGUUGGAUUUCCGAUGGCUGAAGUUCUUCAUGUCAGUCGUUGUCGCGUGUCUUUUGUCGCUCCUUGUUUGUUGUAGGGAAGCCAUAAACUUGUGCAAAAACAGUGGGCCCGGCAACCAAACAAACAUUAGUCCUAGCCUACUACGAGCUUGGUUCUGAUGCCACUAGGCUAUAACUAACGCUUAGAUAAAUUUCAUUAAUACCCGUCCUUCGAGCAAUAGUCCCUGUCUGAUUUAGCUACAGCCACGAUGUCUGUAGAACUCGAUGUAUUCGUUGGGAACACAACUAUAAUGGAUAAGGAGGUCUAUCAGUUAUGGCUCAAUGGAUACACAGUGAAUGAUGCCGUGAGGGUGCGAAUGGAAGGAGGUGUACUGGAGGAGUACGAGGCCAGUGCUGAAGUACUACUGAGUGACACCAUGGAUCAGUUUAGGACCUUCCAAAUGUGCGAGCGCCUUUUGCACAUCCCUGCCAAAUUGGCCAAUCAGCUCUUAUUCCAGAUUCCACCUGAUCGCCAGGCCAUGCUCAUCGACAGGUACUAUGCCUUUGAUGAUGCUUUUGCGAGAGAAGUGCUGGGCAAAAAGCUUUCCAAAGGAACCAAGAAGGACCUGGAUGACAUCAGCGCCAAGACGGGCAUCACACUGAAGAGCUGCAGACGACAGUUUGAUAACUUCAAGCGUGUGUUUAAAGUGGUGGAGGAGCUCAAAGGCCCUCUGGUGGAGAACAUACGGCAGCACUUCCUGCUCUCGGACCCGCUGGCCAGGGACUAUGCUGCUAUCGUGUUUUUUGCAAGUAAUCGCUUUGAGACGGGGAAGAGGAAGCUGCACUAUCUGACCUUCCAGGACUUUGCUUUCUGUGCUGGUCAGCUAAUCAACAACUGGACUUUAGGAUCUGUGGAUAACUUGGCAGAGGACAUGGAUGUCGACCUUGAUAAAGAGUUCCUGCAGGAUCUGAAAGACCUAAAGAUUUUAAUCACUGAUAAGGAUUUACUGGACCAGCAUAAGAGUCUAGUGUGCACAGCUCUCCGGGGCAAAACAAAAGUUUUCAACGAGAUGGAGGCCAAUUUCAAAAAUCUCUCUCGAGGGCUUGUCAACAUCGCUGCCAAACUGACUAACACGAAAGAUGUCCGAGAUUUCUUCAUUGACCUGGUAGAGAAGUUUAUUGAGCCGUGCCGAUCUGACAGAUGGACCACUGUGGAUAUGGCGCUCUACCUCACCCACUACACCAACUCCGCGCAUAUGCUGGACUCUUUCAGGUACCAGGCCGUUUGGAACAGGUACAUGGGAGUCAUCAAAAGUUGCAUCUUAAGAAUGUACCACGACUGAGAAUUCUGUUGACUUUUCUUGGCCUCUCUCCGUCUCCCUGUGCACGUGCCCAAUUUGUCUUGUGCUCGGUACUGUAAUUCCUCCCUCUCUGUCCCGGAGUUGCACUCCUCUGCUUCUCCUUGCUUAACCCCAAACUCAAUUUCUCUUCUCUAAUCCCUGUUCUCAUGGAUUCCUUUGCCAGCUGUCCUUCUGUUUUUUUUUCUUUGCUCUCCAUUCGUGUGUACUGUCCUCAUGCUCAGUUCUCACCUUUUCUUCCACUGUUUGUAUGCUUGUAAAUAAAGUCUAUACGUUUGUACA